AUGGCCGCUUCAAUAGAUCCAUUAGGUGUUGCUAAAAAUUUAAUAGAAGUGUCAGUUUUGAAAACAUGGCAUGAAAGUAUAGUGCCUUCAUAUCCAGACAUCCAGCCCUCUAAACAAUCACCAUUUCAAUAUUGUUCCAAUAUAAAUCAAAAGUUGGUCCUAUGGACUGGUGAUAUUACUACACUAAAGGUAGAUGCUAUUGUUAAUCCUACGAACGAAAAUCUUUCUGUCAUGUCUCCAAUCAACCAGAAAAUAUUCGAAAUUGCAGGACCAAGUUUACAUAGAGAUAUACGUGAUGAGAUUGGCAAAUGUGCUACUGGAGAAUCGAAAUUAUCCAAGGGCUAUAAUUUACCAUCAAGAUAUGUUAUUCAUACGGUUGGUCCAAAAUACAAUCCUAGAUACUUGUCGGCUGUAGAAAAUGCGCUUUACAGGAGUUAUAGAUCGUCCUUGUUAAUUGCAGGCGAGUACAAGGUCCGAUCAAUCGCUAUUCCUACCGUCCAUCUUCAUCAACGUGGUUUCCCAGUAUCUGAGGGAGCACAUAUAGCACUAAGAACUGUCAGAAGGUACUUAGAGCACCAAAGUUGUACACUCGAAACAGUUAUCCUUAUCUUGGAUGAUACGGAAAUGGAAAUAUAUAAGCGUUUGGCUGUAUUAUAUUUUCCGAGAAGUAACGAAGAAGAAGCUUAUGCUUUUGAAAAUCUCCCUGAAGAUAUCGGCAAUGAAUUCGGAGAGCCAACCAUAAAAGAACGAUCAAUCCGUAUCCAAGACAAGAUAGUAAAUUCAGAGGAUGAAAAAACUUUUACAAAAUCGGAUUCUGCUGCCUUCCGAGCAUUUUCAAAAAUGGCUGGAGAUCAUGAUAUAGCAAGAUCUGAAUUGAUACAAUCGAAAAGUAAAAAGACUUCACAGUUGCAACAAAAUGCGAAGAGAUACCAAACUUGGUUGAAAUUAGCACGCACAUUGGACACCAAAGAUAUUAUAAAAUUAAAAGCUCUGUACAAGUCAGGAGUAGACCAGUACGGACGAUCUGUCAUUGUUUUCAUUGGCAAUAAUUUUCCAGCUCAUCUUACCGAUCUAAAUAAGGCGAUUUCUUAUUAUGCGUAUCUGAUGGAUGAUAUGGUAGAUAACGAUUAUAUAGCAAUCUACUUCCAUACAUUAACCAAUGCUGAGCAACGUCCACCUGCGAAUUUCUUAAAGCUAGUUUAUCAAACAUUAGACCCAAAAUAUCACAAAAAUUUGAAAGCCUUUUAUGUGGUUCAUCCUUCUUGGUGGCUCAAGUGGUCUUUCUGGUCGUUCUGUACAUUUACGGCACCGGAACUAAAAAGUAAAUUACAGUAUAUUGAUGACCUUAAGGAUUUACUUAAAUUUAUACCCCGCGAUCAAUUCAGCAUUCCACAAUAUCUCUUUGACGAAAAUAGAAAGAUGAACGGUAAUUCUGUCACUACUCCUAACGCUGCUUCUCAACCUGAUGAGUUAUAG